CUUAAAGAAGUCGGUCACUUGCAUGCGGCGAUGAAUCGGCGCAUCGGCCUACCAGUCUCAUUGAUCUUCUUAGUGUCUCUCUAGCUACCGUUCCAACGGACACUGCUGAUUUUGGUUUUCGUUUUUCCCGUUGAAAUUCUCAUCCUCGAGGUUUCCCGAAAGAUUAUUAUUGAGGCUGUUUGACGAUACUGAUACUGUGACGUGAUGAUUCUAUCUGCUCUUUUAACUUCUGUUGGGAUUAACCUUUGUCUGUGUUUAUUGUUUUGGACUUUGUAUUCAAUCUUGAAGAAACAACCUGACAAUGCAGCUGUUUACGUUCCACGUCUAUUAGCUGAAGGGAAAUGUCAAGAGAACGAUGAAUUCAAUUUAGAAAGGUUGAUACCAUCCACCAAUUGGGUGAAAAGGGCAUGGCAGAUCACAGAAGAUGAAUUGUUAGCUCUUUCUGGAUUAGAUGGUCUCGUCUUUAUGCGAGUUUUCGUCUUCAGUUUGCGAGUCUUUUCUUUAGCUGGGAUACUCGGAAUAUUAGUUCUUCUUCCCAUCAAUUUUUUGGGGGAUCAACUAAUUAUUGAUUUUUCAGACCUGUCAAACCGAUCCUUGGACUCAUUUAGUAUAUCCAAUGUCAAUAAUGGAUCUAACAGGUUAUGGGUUCACUUCUCUGCCAUAUAUAUAUUCACGGCGGUUGUCUGCUAUCUUCUUUACUCUGAGUAUAAGUCAAUCGCAAUGAAGAGGGUUGCGUAUUUCCAGGCAUCCAAACCUCUGCCAGAACAGUUUACUAUCUUAGUUCGAAGUGUUCCUGUCUCGCCAGACAGUAGCAUCAGUGAAAGUGUUGAUAAGUUCUUUACAGAGUACCAUCCAUCGACAUAUCUUUCACAUACCGUGGUUCGUCAAACAGACGAACUUCAAGGUCUAUUAAAGAACUCUGAAAAGUUAUACAAAAGGCUUGUGCGCAUGAGGACGAUUAAUGACACUGGUCGCAGAUGGAUUUGUGGUGGCUGUUUUGGGCAUAAGGCUCGCCGUUUAGAUCAAUAUGAAAAGAAGUUUGAAGAUAUAGAAGCCAAUGUGCGUCUUGAGCAAUCAUCUGUUAUGGCUAAGGAAGUUCCAGCAGCCUUUGUGUCUUUCAAUUCAAGAUACAGUGCUGCGAUAGCUUCACUUGUGAGACAAGGAACCAAUCCAACAGAGUGGCUUACUGAGACAGCUCCUGAGCCUCGUGAUGUUUACUGGCCUUUUUUCUUUCCAUCAUUCUUUAGACAGUGGAUCAACAAGGUUUUGGCGGCUGCUCUUGUUAUAGUUAUUACCAUUCUGUUCCUCAUCCCAGUUUUCCUUGUACAAGGAUUUGCUAAUCUGGAGCAGUUGGAGACCUGGUUCCCUUUUCUGAAAGGCUUCCUGAGCCUAACUGUGGUCAGCCAAGUUGUUACAGGUUAUCUUCCGAGUCUCAUUCUUCAACUAUUCCUAUCAUUUAUUCCACCAGUCAUGAUAAUGAUUUCUUCCAUGCAAGGAUGCAUCUCACACAGUCAAAUAGAAUUAAGCACUUGUUCCAAGUUAUUGUGGUUUACCACAUGGAACAUUUUCUUUGCAAAUGUAUUCUCGGGAACGGUAUUUUAUCAAUUUGGUCUUGUCUUUGAGCCAAAAAAUAUUCCUAGUGUGCUUGCUGAAGCUGUUCCAGGACAGGCAUCUUUCUUUAUUUCAUACGUCGUCACAUCAGGAUGGACCAGUACAUCUUCAGAGCUGUUUCGGCUAUUUCCUCUCAUAUCCAGUUUUAUUAAUGGAACAUGUUUUGGGAAAAAUGAAGAAAAAGUAAAUGUGCCUUCAAUUCCUUAUCACAGUGAAAUUUCCAGAAUUGUCCUCUUCGGACUUAUUGGUGUGGUAUACUUCUUCCUUGCUCCACUAAUUGUGCCAUUUGUCUUGGUAUACUAUUGCUUGGGGUAUAUCAUAUACCGCAAUCAGUUAUUGAAUGUUUAUGAACCCAAGUUUGAGACUGGUGGAAAGUUUUGGCCAAAAGUGCAUAAUUGGAUGAUAUUCUCUCUGAUGCUGAUGCAUGUUAUUGCAAUUGGAAUAUUUAGCUUGAAGAAACUCCCGACAGCUUCAAUCUUAUGUCUUCCCCUUCCGGUUCUUACUCUUCUGUUCAAUGACUAUUGCCAAAAACAGUUUCAACCAGCAUUUCAUUCUUAUUCUGUUGAGACAUUGAUAAGUAAAGACAAAGAGAAUGAAAAUGACUCUUCAAUGGGCGAUUUCUUUGAGAAAUUAGCCAGUGCAUAUCAGAAUCCUGUUUUGACGCCAAUCAGACGUGCUUCUGGAAACAGCCCAAGUACUCCACUUCUUCAGGCCGCCACUGAGGUUUGAAUUUUAGUCGGAACUUUUGUGCAAUUUGUUUCUCAGUUAAGUUAUUAAUUCAGUAAGAGUCCUUUUUCCAACUAAUCGGAAAUUCACUUGGCCACGCACAGACACUGAUGUUGUUGUAUAUCAGAAUCACUAUAAAGAAUAAUCAUUAGGUUAUUUUCUUGUAAAAGCUUGGAUUCAACUGACUUACAUUUCCUCUUUAAUGUAUGAAUAAUAAAAAACUAAUGAAAGAUGGGAGUUGACAUA